AAAUGAAAGAUCCUUUCACUGAGUCAUCAAUGUCAGGCUUCUGAGAAAUAAAUCACAACGGUUAAAUACAAGCUUAGCAUCCAAGCUUCUCCCAUUUCCUCUGCUUCUGUAACUUUCAGUGACCCAAAUCAAUCAAAGAAAGAUUACAAAUUCAACAAUUCAACAACAAUACCCUUAAACCCUUAAUUCAAGAAAAUAAUCACGUUGAUGUUGAACACUAAAGAGAGUAUGGAGUUCAAGGCUUCCUCCUGAUCUCCUCCCAAUUGUAUACUCUCUCUCUGUGUAUGUGUGUGUGCAGGGUUUAGGUUAUUGGGUGUAUCAAUAGUGUGAUUGAAGAUUGAAGAAAUGAAGAUCCAGUGCGACGUGUGCGGCAAGGGUGAGGCGACGGUGUUUUGCGUCGCCGACGAGGCGGCUCUGUGUGAUACCUGCGAACACCGUGUCCACCACGCGAACAAGUUGGCUUCUAAGCACCAGCGGUUCUCCCUUCUUCAUCCUUCGUCUAAGGAGUACCCACUUUGUGAUAUCUGCCAAGAGAAACGAGCGUUCCUGUUCUGUCAGCAAGACAGGGCGAUUCUGUGCAGAGACUGUGAUCUGCCUAUACACAAUGCCAACGGGCAUACCCAGAAGCAUAAUAGAUUUCUACUCAGUGGAAUCAAGUUUUCUGCCACUCCUGCUUUCUUUACAUCUUCCACUACUUCUGAGACAAAUGGUUGUGAUUAUGUUCCUGAUCCAAAGUCUCAACGUUCCUCUGUUCCAAAUCCACCAUCAAGGGCUAAGACUUCAAACUCAAUUACUUCAACAACAGCGGCAACAACAACUACAAAAAAGGGUGGGGAUAGUCUGGUUGUGAGCGAAAACAAUGGUUCAACAAGCAGCAUCUCAGAGUAUUUAGAGAUGCUGCCCGGUUGGCACGUUGAGGACUUUCUGGACUCUUCCUACACUCCAUUUGGUUUCUGGAAGGGGGAUAAUGGGAUGUUGCCGUCUAUGGAUGGUGAUCUUGAGAGCAAUAUUGGGUCGUUCACAUCGGAAAAUUUGGGAUUCUGGGUGCCUCAAACGCCUGCUCCUCUAUGUUCCUAUCCUUCACAAAUGGGAGGACAAAUAGUAUUCAAGGAGACAAAGGAGACUACAAGUAUGAAGAGUAACAGGAAAUGGACAGAUGUUGGUUUUAUAGUUCCUCAGAUUACUCCUCCAUCCGCUGGCUUCAAGAGGUCUAGACCUUUAUGGUAAGAUCAACUCACAAACAUCUUGACAUCCAAGAAGAAAGUUCAUGCUCUUGUUUUCUUUGUUAUCUGGUUUGGUUUGUUUUGUUUUGGCUUGGCUGGUUUUGUCAUCUUUAGUUUACCACUAGUACUCCUUCUCCAGUCCAACGGCUUGUGUGGUUUUUGCUUCCAUGGAUUUGUACUUGCAUUUGGCAAGUUUCUUUUGUACAGAAGCCUCUAAUCCAACUAGAACUUCUGAUACUCUU